UGAUCGACAAGUGCCGGAUUUAUAGAGCUUGGCACGGAUUUAUCACCUGCGAAAUUUCGUAGUUGACGACAGUCUCUUAUUGUCAAGUCCUUACCAAGGCUGGCGAAGGGCAUCUGACACUAAUCCGAGAAGCGCGUUUCUUGGAAUAGGCUUAGGGCUAAGUCGUUGCAAAGGGACGGCAGUCCUGAGACGGCCAAAUUAGGAAUUUCCCUUCUCCCAGUCAAUUCACUGAUCAGCCAAAACAUCCAACCAUGGACGACGAAGACGACCCUGUCGUUGCCUCCUACGAUGUCUACCUGACAAGCGCACCGGCCAAGAGCAGCAAAGCGGACUCCUCGAAGAUAUACGUUUUGCAAUAUCCUUCACAUCGCAAAAAGUCCAGACCCUACAACGUUGCCAGGGGUCAGGCGCCCACGUCCUUUCGCUUGAAACCGACCACAGGAUUUCUAGAGGUGGAUGUUCCGAUGUUCACGGAAGGAAACUACAACCCAGACAUGGGCGAGAAACUGGGCAAGGCUUUGUCAAGGAGUCAUACUUUGGAGGUGGGUGGCAGUCAUGGCCUUGGGGGAGGCUUCUCUUCUGGUGGCCCAGCACCGUCACGGAUGGUAGACAUACCGAUGCACGAUCGGCCUCCCGUCGGUGAUACCAUGUUGGCGUCUCAAACGUUGGGUGGCAAGAUUGUCGCUCCAAGCGCCCGAGAUCCGAUCUAUUUCUUGGGACGCUUUGAGGACAAUCAGCUGAACCUUACUCGUGUGAACGGAGUCGUCCAACUGCGGCCACAGUUGCACCACCUUGAUGCCGAAGACGAGCUCAAUCAGAAACGCUUUCAGACAGGCAACAAUGCCGCAGCCGCAAAACAGAAACCAGGAUUGGAAACUUCGGCGCAAAAGAUGGAAUCGAAAGCCAUCUCGAUCAAGAUCAAGGAUACCAAGGAGGACGCUCGCGACCGUAGCCUGAACGAGAACGCUAGACUGCUACGUGAUAUCCAGGUUGAGCCGUGGCAACAUCAUUAUUGGAUAGACGAAGAUGAGGAAGGCUCAAGAGCUGCGUUCGAAACAACCAUGCAUUUGGGGGGUGAUGGGGGCGAACCAAAACUCAAAUUGAAGAGUGCUCUCAGCAAUGGUGACUGGCUUGAUAAAAUGAGCGCGCCGAGGGAAGAUGGCAAGAAGGGAUUGCUGGCAAAGCUGCGCGGUCGGGAGCGUGAGCGGGCUCGGAGGAAGAAGGCUGAGGAGGAAAAACGCCAGAGGCAGCGAGAGGUUGCAGAUGGUACGACAAUCGAAGCAAAUAACACCUUGGAUAUGUCUUCGGACAGCGAUUUGAGCAGCCCCGAGGCUUCAGAGAGUGAAGCUGGAGAGGAUAUGACGAUGACAGGUACAGAGAACGUCGACAGUGUACCGAUCAAGGAGGAGCCCACCGCCUCCGGAUCGAUAUCGAAUGCGGCCACCACCCCAAAAAAGAGAGGACGACCUAAAAAGAAUCCCGGGCCCGACGCCGCAUCAGGCGAUGGCUGAUACCGAGUGCAAAAGUUGUUCGACCAAGUACAUAAGGAAGGACUCUGCCUCGACAGAAGGUGACCAGAUCAACGCAGCAGCGCAGCUCCUAUCUAACAAGGACGUCGUGGCGGGCGCUUGUCAGAGUUCGUGAUUCACGACUGCCACCCCGAUGAAACUAGGUUCCCGGUCAGGUGGAGCUAGAAGACCUCCUGAGGACAUAUCAGCUCAUCAACACCAGGAAGGAAUAUGAGGAUACCAAAGGGAUGCAAACAAUGAGGUACCACGCGUACGAGUAGCAAAUACUGGAGUCACUCCGACCGGGUGGAAUACUCCCCGAUUCACGUGACUUGGCUAUGGGGAUGACUACUCCGUACUAAGUAGCUUAAGCUUUCGGAGGAAAGAAAAUCGAAUCAAAUGAUUUGCCUGCCGUCUG